GGCACCGUGGCGGUCUGUGGCGGUGUCCCGCUCGAUCCUGAGGUUUGAGAUUCGAGCUUCGAGCCUCAAGGCCACCAACAUCACACAAGCGUACAUUUGUCCACCAGCGAUCAUCCGAGGCCACAUGCAAACCGUUUGCGAACAAUGUUGCUUUGUCCAACGUUUGGAUAUAAAGGAUGGUCUUGCUCCUCCACUUGUCCGAACAAGCUUCCUCUCCUGAUCGAGCUCGACUUCAACACGCGACUAUGGUCGUCUUCCGAACAUAUUCUUCGUCCUCAUCGAUAUUCUCCCAUGGGACUGCCUCGAAACUAAACACACAGCCGCAUUCGCUGACGGCACGUCAAAGCGUCCGAGACGAUUUCAAACACCGGAACUCCGUCCGUGCUGAUGUCUUUGACCAUCGUAAGCGAAAGGCGUGCAUCCAUAGAGAAGGCUCGAAACAUGGACUCGACCGGAAAGAACAAGUAGCCAAGGAGUCCAUCAGACGUGAGGAGGUCAAGUCCAAGGCACAUACUCGGUCCAAGCCCGAGGAACGCCAGAAAACGCUGAUUAUUCCUCACGUCCUUAUAACGCCCACGCUCACACACCGGAGUUUCGCCAUAAAGCAACAUAUCUUGAAAAAGUUAGGCGACCGUCUUGACGUCGAAAAGAAUCAAAGCACCAGCAACAUAUCACGGGAACCGACGUUAGAUAUUCUACAAUGCCGGGUGGUUGCUACGGGGGCACCCCCUCGACCGGCCGAUGGAUCGGCACAGAAACGACCGUUACCGGCUCCAUGGAAAAUCGUUCCUUUGAAACAAGACCAACACGUUCCUGUGAUGUCCACGCUGGCGGAACGGGAGGCAAUCCCGAGGCAUUCGGACUGAAGCUUGGCUCCGAUGCCUGGAGGUGGUGAUUUGGAUGGAAUACUCAGCUAGUACACGGCUCGGCGUGCUAUGAGAAUACGUGCUGCUCAAGCAGGAAAUAUGGCCGGAGGAAUUACACACUCCUUUCCGCGUGUAGCGUAGUCUUGUGGACUAU